AUGGCGACUGCCUCCAUGAAGCUCUCCCUCACCUUCGUCCUCCUCCUCUCCGCGCUCGUCGUGUCCGGCGAGAUGGGAGGAGUCAUGGCGGCGGACUGCUCGACGGUCCGGUGCAUCCAGGGCGGGUACAUCACCUGCGACAACUACCCGUACCAGAAGCUGGACGGGUGCGCCUGCGUCUGCGCGCCCAAGAACGGCCGGAACUGCGUGCUCCACCUCCAGUCCGGCUCCACUUACAACUGCAGCGACAAGAAGAAGAAGAAGGAAUAG